UCCUCCCUCGUCCUCGCCUUUCCCCUCCCCCACCGGUGGUUUUGUUCUAUUUCGAGGCCCUGGCCUCUCGCGGAGGGUUCUGGGACUCGUUUCGGGCGGAGGUGGGAGGGGGCGGUCCUUGCGCGGGGCUUGCCGGGACUUGUAGUUCCCCCGGCCGCGGGCGGAAGUGCUGUGGCUCCGACGCCGUUGAGGCAGGGUGCCUUUGGUCGUCUGAAAUCAGCCGCCGCGAGUGCCUGGAAGAGGGGCUGGAGGUCGUCGGGGCGGGGGCGGGCCUCGCAGCUGCGCUUUGCGGGAGUGAGGUGGGGUGAUCUCCUGGCACCUCCUUCACGUCCCUCGAGCAAGCUGCCGAAAGAAAUAUAAAGGGAAGAGGAGAAAUUUCUCUUCUAUGGAAUACUUGAGCCGUUGAUAAGAGUGCUUGUGAAGAAAACGGAGUAUUUCCCUGAGGCCUGUAUCCUGCCUUGAUUGUCUUUCCUUGAAGUAUUAUAAAUCAGGAUGUCUGCACAGUCAGUGGAAGAAGAUUCAAUACUUAUCAUCCCAACUCCAGAUGAAGAGGAAAAAAUUCUGAGAGUGAAGUUGGAAGAGGAUCCCGAUGGGGAAGAGGGAUCAAGUAUCCCCUGGAACCAUCUGCCUGACCCAGAAGUUUUCCGACAGCGAUUCAGGCAGUUUGGAUACCAGGAUUCACCUGGGCCCCGUGAAGCUGUGAGCCAGCUUCGAGAACUUUGCCGUCUAUGGCUCAGGCCAGAGACACACACAAAAGAACAAAUCUUGGAGCUGGUGGUGCUCGAGCAGUUUGUUGCCAUCCUACCCAAGGAGCUACAGACUUGGGUUCGAGAGCAUCAUCCAGAGAAUGGAGAGGAGGCCGUGACAGUGCUGGAGGAUUUAGAGAGUGAACUAGAUGACCCUGGACAGCCGGUUUCUCUCCGUCGGCGAAAACGAGAAGUGCUAGUAGAGGAGAUAGUGUCUCAAGACGAAGCUCAGGGAUUACCAAGUUCUGAGCUUGAUGCUGUGGAAAACCAGCUCAAGUGGGCAUCCUGGGAGCUCCAUUCCCUAAGGCACUGUGAUGAUGAUACUAGGACUGAAAAUGGAGCACUAGCUCCAAAGCAAGAGAUUCCUUCAGCAGGAGAAUCUCAUGAAGUUCCUGGCACUCUGAAUAUAGGUGUUCCUCAGAUUUUUAAAUAUGGAGAAGCUUGUUUCCCCAAGGGCAGGUUUGAAAGAAAGAGAAAUCCCUCUCGAAAGAAACAACAUAUAUGUGAUGAAUGUGGAAAACACUUCAGUCAGGGCUCAGCCCUUAUUCUUCAUCAAAGAAUCCACAGUGGGGAGAAACCCUACGGAUGUGUUGAAUGUGGGAAAGCAUUCAGCAGAAGUUCCAUCCUUGUGCAACACCAGAGAGUCCAUACUGGAGAAAAACCUUACAAAUGUCUUGAAUGUGGAAAAGCCUUUAGCCAGAAUUCUGGGCUUAUUAAUCAUCAGAGAAUCCAUACUGGGGAGAAACCUUAUGAAUGUGUUCAGUGUGGGAAAUCCUAUAGUCAAAGUUCAAAUCUUUUUAGACAUCAGCGAAGACACAAUGCAGAAAAACUUCUGAAUGUUGUGAAAGUUUAAGAAAUUGAAAAAAAAAAAUCAGCACUCAGGUCUUUUUCUUCAGAAAUGAAGACAAAAACAUGAAAUGAUACAUAAUAGUUUUGUUUCCCUAUAGACUGUUAGAAAAUCCACUGGGAAAUGUAGAAAACCUUCACCCACCAUUAUUAUUUUAUCUUGAAAGAAAUGGUGUCAUACCUGCCUAGAAACUGAAAUUUUAAACUUAAUUCAGGUGUUAAUGCCUAAAUCUUCCAUGUGAUGUUUAUAUUCUUAUUAUUUUUCCAAAUAGUGAACUACCUGAUUCUUUGUCCCUUUCUUACAAGUUUCCUUUUUAGACAGAUACAUUAUUUCUGUGUUGAUUAUUGAAAGUUCUUUGCAAGAAUACAUUCCCUUCUGCGUUAAAAGGCAACAUAGGAAUUAUAAAAUCUGAAAAAGGAAACCAUAUUUUCAAAAUUUACCCUUUGGUUUCCUUUUAUCUGAUUUGAAUGUGCAUUUCAGAAAACAGAACAUAAAGGAUGACCAAAAGCCUCAGAGUAAAAUGAGCCUUAAAACUCAGAUAAGAAGGAUGAUGAUAAAACAUCAAAAAGCAAAUGGGCCACCUAGACGAGGGAGGAUAUACAAAUGCUUUGAUCCAAGAAUUGAAAUUUAUCAAUUAUAAUUACAUUUAUUAUCUAAAUGUAAUUAUCUGCCUGCAGGAAAACUCAAAAACAGCUUAUCUGUAAAUUGGAGGCUUUCCGCUAAUGAAAAUAAUGUUCUCCCAUGUAUCAUUAGAAAGUGGAUGGUCUAAACCAUAAACAAUUGUAAACCAUGAAAGUAGAAAUUACCACACUGGGAAAGAAUUUGUAGUGAAUGGCAGUGUUGAAGGGCAAAUGUAAACAAGAGUAAUGGUCUGUCUUGGCUUUUAGAAAACACAAGAGACUUGAACUUGAAGAUGGAAUUCAUUAUUAUUUAUAUGCCUUCGUUUUUGUUAAGGACAGUAAAAUCCCUGACAGGUGGGCAACAAGUAUCAGGUUUGCUGUUUUAUUCCUUUGGUACAAAAUGGUUGAACACCAGGCUAACAAAGCAGCCAUGCAUUUAUUAUUAAACAUUUUCUACCGACAAGGCACUGUGCUAGGUACUGUAACCCUACCAUAAGUAGGUAGGUAUUUCUUCCACUGUAAAUUAUUGGGGGUUUGGUACAAAGCUGUUUCAUGUGAGUUAGCUUCUUCCCCCUGUCAGAGCAGUCCUGGGGGAGAUCACCUCUGAGAUUCCCAGAGCCAUAGUUCUCUUACCAGGGUGUUUUAUUUGGGGGAAAGGAAGACUCAGCUCAAAGAGCUAGCCAGCUCUCCAGCAGUCUUCAGAGGUGAGUCCAAUAUACUCUCUCAGUUUGGAGGUUUGUGGGUCUUUUUAAAAAACUAAUCAAUCUCUAGUAGCAUUGAGGUUGCACUUACAGGUUAAGUUGAAUGGAUUGUUUUAUUUAAAAAAUAAACAACUAGGUUAUUAACAACUAUUAACUAUCAGAAUUGAUUGAACUUUUUUUUUUAACUUUAAAUCUUAACACAUUUUUAAAAAUGUAUAAAAGUAAUACAUUGUAGUAGUAGGAUUAUAUACUCCUUGGCUGAGAAUCCCAAGUACUGUGGUUCUACUGUUUGGUGGAAAACUCUGGAAGUUAAAAUAUAGACUAUGAGAAAAGGCUUUUUUAUAGUGGGUGUCACUGUGUGGAAAAUGACCCAUGUGAAUAAAAGUAUUUCAUAAUUCCAGAGAUUUUGGUUGCAUCUGGUGCUUGGAUCAAAGUAAGAAAUGGAAGGUGAGAUUUGCAUGAGCCUGUUAAAAAGCAUAGUAAUACAUGCAAGGCCAGCUGGUGGAGAAGUGAGGCAGAAUGGAGCUUGUUUGUAGAUUUUCUGAUAACAAUUAAUUAUAAGAAAUGUGCUUUAUAGAUUAAGAUUUAUUGAAGUAUAAAUAUGUAGUAAUGAUAUAAUGUAUUUUAAGUUAUACAAGAAAAUGUAGGGACUUUUGUUUGGGUCUUUUUCUCUGUGGCUGAGAGGAAACAAGUCAAUGUACAAUAAAGGUAUAAAUUCCUCUGCUCUAAGAUAAAAUGAUCCUGAGUUGAUUUAUUUAUAACUGGCUUCUUUCCAAGUAGGUUUUGAGGUGGCAUAUUUGGAAUUCUUCUGCUGGGAUGACAGAAUUCUUGUAUCAGAGUAGGUAAGAAGGGAGCAACCUCUCAGUGGCUAGAACAUCACACUUUUUAAGAUCUUGCAUAUUUCCUGUAUACAAAGAAGCUUCCCUCUGGUAGAUUUGUCAUAAAUGCCAAAGAUGUUUGGUAUAAUGUGAGAGCUUAGAAAAAUGUUGUAUUAGAGUUGGCAAAUAUGUGUUUAGCUUGCCAGCUCUGAUACGUGUGGGUUGUUUAGAAGAGAUUCUGAGACUAAGGCAAGGCUCUUUGGGGAAAACGGGCUGGACCCAAAGACUGAGUGAUGGUACACAGGAAAAGGAAGUAGUAGUCUGAACUUGCCAUCUCUGGUCAGGCUAAGUCCCCACUAGACAAAUUGAUUUUAAAUAGCUAUUCAGUAAUGAUUUAUGAUUUCAUCCUGACAUUCAUUUAUACCCACACAGAUGAUCAUAGUUAGCAAUUCUGGGGGUUAGCCAGCCUUUGAUGAAGUGGUGAUCUGGCAGUUGCCAAGCAGUGGCAUCUGUUUGGUUAGCAAAUGAGCAGUCAUUGUGAAUGGCAUGCAGACUGCUGAUACCUGCCCAGUAGCCACUGAGUGUGUGCUCGUUACUGCUAAAUUUUCUUCUGGUUUUCUUGGAGGUUAAGUUCCUCACAUUCACACCCCGUUGGCACUUGAUCAUUUAGCAAUAUGUCUAUCACAUUUAUGUAAGUUGAAGGGAGGGUUAUAUGUAUUGAAAUAAUCUGCAUGCCAGGCAUUGGAUUAGACCCUAUACCUGUCUCACUUAGAUUUGUAGACUAGGAGAGCAAGAUUCAGAGAUCGUGUGACUUGCAUGUGGCCAAUUAGAGCUAAAACUCAAAUCUAGUUCUUUGAACUCCAGGGACAUAUAAUUUUCACUAUGCCAUGAGUGAUGGCUGUUAAACCUGAUUGAAAAAUUUUAUGCUUUUUUAUGGUUAACAGAUGUGAAAGCUAUUAAACGUGCUUAUUUGUAUUUUCUAUAGUACAGAAAUGUAAAAUGAAAAAGGACAUUCCUUUUCACAAUCUUACUCAGAAGUAAUAAUUAUUUGAUUUGUUAUUUUUCCAGACUUAGGCAUAUACAUAUUUAAACAAAAUGUGUUCAUAGCUGACACUUGUGGUCGCUGUAUACAGGCACUGUUAGAAGCGCUUUACCAGGGAUUAACUCUUAAUCCUCACAGCAACUGUAUGAGGUAGGUACCUAGCCCCAUUUUACAUGUACUGCACUAAAACUUCCUCUCCUCCCUCCCACUUGGAUGUAGACAUUGUUUUUCAUGGCUACAUACAUAUUCCAUUGCAUGAAUAUAGUAAUUUAUUUAACCAAUCCCUUAUUGAUAGAUAAUUAAGUUCUUUCCCAUUUUUUAUUCGGGAUAAAGGUAUAGGUAACAUCCUUGUACAUGUAUUUUGCUACCUAUCUGGGUAUUUCUGUAGGAUAAAUAGCUAGAAGUGGAUUUAUUGGGUCAGAGAAUGUGCACAUUUAACAUUUAGAGAAAUACCACCCAAAAGGUUGUACCAGUUUACAACUCCAUCAACAGUAAGAGUGCCUGUUUGCCUACUUUCCCACCAACUUUGAAUCCUUAAAUAUUUUUGCCAGUCUGAUAGGCAAAAUUUUUCUUUUCUUUGGUUAUUAAUAAGGAGGAACAUCUUUUCAUAUGUUUAGUGGCUAUUUGCAUUUCCUGUUGUGAAUUCUGUUUCCCCACCUUUUUUUUUAAUUAUGAAAGUAUAAAUGACUACCUUUUCAUUGUACAGAACUUAAAUGAAACAUAAGUAUAAAAGCAGAGAGACCCUUUUCUCCAGUGCUUCCAAUCACAUUCCACUGCCCACAGUUUAGUGUACGUCCAUCUAGUCUCCUUUCCAUACAUUUCCAUAUGAAUAUAUGUACACAUAUAAAUGCUAUUUUUACAUAAAUAGGAUCAUAUGUAUUCUGCAGCUUGCUUUUUUUGUCUCAAAACCUGAGUUCUUUAAAUUUCUUGAAUGGUCGAAUAGGAUUCAAUACUAUGAAGAUGCCCUUAUUUAACUAUUCCCUUAUUUUUUUUCUCUUGCUAUUACAUUGCCAAAGUAAAUAUCUUUUUCAUAUAUCUUUGUGUAUGUGUGUGAAUAUGUGACUGUUUCUUGAUGGAGUCGUAUAAGGUGGAUUGUUGGGUCAAAGAGUGUGCUCUCUGAUAGACCCACCUUAGCCUUCCCCAAAACCUUUAUAACUAUAUUUUCACCAAAUGUAUGGAAAGUGCUCAUUUCCCCAUGUAGCCUUAUCUACACUUGAUAGUUUUUAUCUGAUGGGCAAAAAAGAAAAAAUCCUUAUUUUGCAUUUUCCUGAUUAAUGGUGAGGUUGAGGUUAUUUUCAUAUGUCUAUUGGCCAUUUAUAGUUUUUCCAUGGAUUGUUUGUAUCCUUUACCUGCUUUUCUGUUGGGUUACGUGUGGCUAUAUGUUGUUUUUGUUUGUUCAGCAUCUCUUUCCCCAUCUUCUGGUAACAGAACCCUUAUUUAUUGUGAGGAACCCAUUCCCUGUGACUUAGGUGAGUAUAUGACCAGGCCUGGCCUUCCUGAGUCCUGCAGCUCCCUAGCCACAGUGAUUAAAGAAUGGGAUGUAACUCAAGCCAGGCUAAAGAGAGCCGUCAACAGAACUUCUGCUGGAACUAUUGGAAAGAAGGCUCUAUGGAGAUCCCAUGAACUAAGGACUGUGUAAAGCUGAAUUUGUACCAUUUGGAGAGAGUCUGUCUCAGGAGCAACUCAGAGGCUAGCAGAAAGGAAAGAGAAUUAAGUUCUGAUGUCAUUAUCCUGGAGGCCCUAGAUCCAGCUGUGCCUAAAGCGUGCCCUACCUCCGGACUUUAAAGUUUUGUGAGCCAAUAAAGUCCCUUUCAUUGUUUAAGAUAAUUGAAUUGGGUUUCUGUCCUGAUUAAUAUAGGUUAUUUGUAUUUUCUUAUUGAUUUGUAGAAAACCUUUGUAAUUUUAAAUUCUAAACUUAUACUUUAUGUGCUAUAUAGGUUAAUAAAAUUAGCAUGGCCUUCCAUGA